AUGCCUCUCUACCCACCCAUACCCUACUCCGAGCCCAACGAACCCCUCCCUCCCAUCGAUGUCUCCUCCACCGACGCCAACCGCAGCUCCUUCCUCACUACAGACUACGACUCCACCAUUCCCCUCAUCCGCGCCCGCUUCCCCAACAUCGACCCCCUCUACUUCACCAAAAUCUUCCGCGGCACCAUCCACCCCGAAGGCCUAAUCUGGCUCGACGUCGACCGCCAAGACGCAUCGCCCCCAACUUCUCCGACCUCGCGCACCUGCUCUACUGCUUCGAGAUCUACGGCCAGAUCCUCGGGCGCUGUCGGAGUACCGCGUCCGGGUGCUGAAGUUGAGCAAGGUGGCGAGCUUCGAGAGCUUGAGGGACUGGCACAAGGCGUAUCUGGGGGCGCAGAUUAG